AUGUCUUCCCCCGUAGCAAAGGCUGCGCGCCGUGUGACACACGAGCUUCAUGGUGUUGUCGUCUCUGCUGGCCUAAUGGACAAGACUGUCAAGGUCCGAGUUGGCGGUCAAAAAUGGAACAAGAUCGUCAACAAGUGGUUUGCCGACCCUAAGCACUAUCUCGUCCACGAUCCCAACUCAUCACUCCGAACCGGCGAUGUCGUUUCCAUUGUCCCUGGAUGGCCAACUUCCCAGCACAAGCGUCACGUUAUCAAGCGCAUUAUUGCGCCCUAUGGAACGCCCACCGCGGAGCGCCCUCCUGUGCCUACGUUGGGGCAAAGGAUAGCGGAUUACGAGGCCAAGAAGGCCAAAAAGGAUGAGCGAAGGGCGGCGAGAAGGCAAGAAGAGGAGAACCAGAGGCUCGAAGAGAAGCGUUUGGAAAAUGAAAAGAAGGAGGCCAAACGCAAAGCAUGGGAGGAAGCUCAGCAGAAGCGUAAACCUCAGACCUCGGCAAGCGACGUCGAUUAA